GGGUAUACAGCUUCCCUACUUCAGACAUAUACAGUGGUUAUUGUACUGAGCCCUCAAGUUCCCCGUCACAAACUCCCUGCACUCAGAAACCCACCACCCUCCCACAUGUUGUCUUGUAUGAUUCUAACCUUUCUUCUCAGCUAUGACAUCGAGGUGUCGGCGAUACCGCCAGUUACCCUUCUUGCAUCGGAACUGGAUUCACGCUACCAACUACUGGGAAGAUAGAAUGGGCAACAAGCCCUCCACCCAGUCUCGGGUGCCUGCUCAUGAGUCCGACGUCAGAUUUGCCGACCACAGUCACCACCCCGAUCAAGACCUCGACGACACAUGCCAGCAUCCAGCAAAACGUCGACGCCUCAACGACAAUAAUGGCUUUCCCUUAUACGAGGACCCUUACGGCGACACCCCCCGCUGCUUGCGGAUUGAGGUCCUCAAGAUCAUCCACAAAGAUUCACCCCGCGUCAAAAAUGGCGUGCCUAACGGCAUCGUGGCGCCCAACGUGAGGGAUACAGCGAACAUGCGGGCACGUUGCAAACUGAGCAUUUAUGGUCAUAAUGGGAAUGAGAAGGUUCUCUUGCACGUCGACAGCCAGUUAUGCGAGCUCAAGGUCUACAGAAAUCCUGCCGCCGCAUCCACACACAUGGCUCGACUGUAUGCUAUCAAGGCUUUCGAUAUUCCCGAAGACAAAAUAUACUUGGAGCGGGAUGGUGAUGAUCCCGCCUUUGGCUUUGCGGAUUCCUACAGUGUCCUAAUCGAAAUCGAGUCAGCCGGAGAUCCAAACUGGCCACCCAGCAGCCUGAUUCCGGCCCUUCCGGCCAAGGGGGAGGAUCCCUUAGUCCGUAACCUGCCACCGCGACAGUGGGCCCUUUCCGCCCAACUUCCUGAUAUUUUCCAUACUCGCAACAGGAAGACGGCGAGGUUGAAAGCAAGGAUACAGCAGAACCGAGAGACGCCUACGGAUUUCGUCAUGGACAUUGAUGUGCGCUGGCAAACACGUAUAUCAAGCCAACUAACAGGGAACCAGAAGCCCAAGGAGAUCAUGCCCUCUAUUACAGUAAUUGACCCUUGGGCCCCUAAGAAGCCCCUGUCAGAAUUGCCAGUGAAUGGUACAAACGGAGUUAAUGGUAUCAAUGGGCAUCAUCAUGAUCCAACAAUUAAUGACGAGGCCGCGAAGACGGGGAAUUGGGAAGUUAACGGUACUUCCACUGCUGAUGCCGGAGAAGAACUGGCCGAGGGUGACCUGACGCCCAACCGAUCUAGACGUCAUAGGACGGAAGUCAACUACAACGUGAGGCAAUUAUGGAACACAGCCGUAGGGAGGGAACCACGGAAACGGCGAAGAGGCGACGAUGAACAUCCUCUACUAGACGAGCACACCGUCACCUACGUUUUGCCGCCUGAAACGCCUGAAAACGAGAAGGCGUUGCAGGCCACCUGCCACAAGCUCUCCUGUCUCGUAUGCUCGGCUGAGCACGAGCGCAUCAGCCAGCUCCGCGCUCACUUCUCAUGCCACCCCGAAUAUGAGUUCAAUUUUGAGCAGAAGAAGGGCAUGUACGUGGUAUCGGUUCAACAACGGGCCACCGGAAACACAUCUGGCACUGCAGCAUCUCCCUUGGAGUUCAGCAAGAUCUAUUCCCUCGGCCUUCCUGUGAAACCGCUCGACCUCUCCAAAUUCGUCGACGGCGACGACUCCUGGGUCAAAUCCCGUCUCUUGCCCGACCCCAACGACCGCCAAAAGCCUUCCCCAUCCGCCGGCCCAACAACCAAGGGACCACAACAGCAGCAGCAGCAGCAACAAAAAGAAAAAGCUCUUUCCGCCUCCACCACCCGAAGCCGCGCCGCCCUCGUCAAGCCCCAAAAGAAACCCGUCUUCAUACCCCACAACAUCAACCGCCCGAUCUACGAUCCCCUCUCCAAAGUCGAACUCGCUCCCGGCUCCGAAGUCCGCUACCCGCCCCUGGACGAAGGCUGGCUGAUCACCAAGCACGCCGACGCCCUGGGCGAGUUUUCCGACGUCGAGCCGCAAGAAAAAGAAUACAUGAUGCAGUGGGACGCCUACAUCCUGCAGAAACACCUGUGCUCGGAACAGUACCUGCCCAGAGAGUUUCGCAACUUUGUCAGGGAUAAGGCGGCAUGGCUGCUGGAGAAGAGGAGCAGGGCGGAGGAGCUUGGUAAGCAUAUGGCGGUGUUGUUGGCGAGGAGGUAUGUGGAUGAUGCGACGGUUAUGGCGGUGACGAAGGAGUUGAAUGAGGUUAGGAAGCUGAUGGCUGCUGCUGAGGGUGCCAAUAAUGCCACUGGUGAUGGUCCGGCGAGGAGGGAGUCUGAAACACAAGAGCAGCAGCAGCAGCCUGGUGGUAGGAAGCAGAGUGCCGCGGGUGGGUGUGCGAGGUGUGGAGAGGUGGUGCCGCAACCGGAGAUGGUGAUUUGUUGUAACAAGCACUGCAAACAACGUGUCUAUCAUAGCCGAUGCGUCCCGAACCCGGAAGAGGCGCUGAAACUGGUCAGGAAGAGGAAGUGGAAGUGCUUCAAGUGCGAAGCAGUGGGCCAUUAGGAGUGGCAACAGCGGGUCCUCCUACGAAGUCCGCC